GCCAAUAUGUAUUACCCCUCUGAUUUGUUUCUUCUCUGCAUGAAAAAGAACUCUAAGUAUACUUUCUGCUUUCUCUGCAAAAGUAAUUAGGUAUCGUUUUGGCUUCAUAUACUCAAUUUCUCAAUUUUGAUUAUAUUCGCAUUCAACCGUGUCUUGACACGACGUACUGUUGAAUUUAUCAAUUCGAUCAUAAGUCUUCCUUUUGGCCUAAGAUCUUUUAUUGCCUAUAGCCCUUUACAAAGAUGAUCAUCGUGUAAAUUCCAAUUUUUCUUGAAGCACAGAGAAAAAAGAUCGAGAUGGCGUCACAGGAAAUCAGAAAAGUUACUGAAGCAUAUCCAAUGAAAGGUGGAGAUGGCCCCGAUAGCUAUGCCAAGAACUCUACUUAUCAGAGAGAAGCUAUGGAGUCUGUCAAAGAACUUGUAACCAAAGGAAUUGCAGAAAAGCUUGACAUAGACCUUUUGUUACCUUCCAACUCCUUUCACAUUGCGGAUCUUGGUUGCUCUGUUGGUCCUAAUACAUUUUCUUCAGUUGAAAACAUACUUGAAGCUGUGGAGCUCAAGUUUCAAGGCCAAGGACUCAUGAAUCCCCAAAUCCCCGAAUUUCAAGUUUUCUUCAAUGAUCAUACCCCAAAUGAUUUUAACUUGCUCUUCAAAUCCCUCCCUCCCAACAGGCAAUACUAUGCUGUGGGAGUUCCAGGUUCUUUCUACGGCCGCCUAUUCCCUAGUGCUUCAAUUCACUUGUUUCACUCUUCUUUUGCUCUUCAAUGGCUUUCUGAAGUACCAAAAGUUGUAGAGGACAAAAACUGUCCGGCUUGGAAUAAAGGACGGAUUCAUUACCUCAGUUCGACUGAUGAAGUAGUAAGGGCUUAUAAAGCUCAAUAUGCUAAGAACAUGGAGUCUUUUCUGCACGCUAGGGCACAAGAACUUGUGUAUGGAGGACUAAUGGUACUUAUCAUUCCUGGCUACCCACAGGGUACCCCUCUUUCUCAUUCUGUGGCAUAUUUGACCUUACAACUCAUAGAAGCCUGUCUAAUUGACAUGGUUAAAAAGGGAGUAAUUAGCGAAGAGAAACUAGAUUCAUUCAACAUACCAAUGUAUUCCAUGUGCCCCCAAGAACUGGAAGCAGUUGUAGAACAAAAUGGAUCUUUUAGCAUAGAGACAUUGGAAACAUUACCUCGUGUUUUAGCUGAUGAUGCUGUCUUAAAUGCAAAACAAUUUGCAGCUCAUGGGAGAGCCGCUUUCGAGGGACUCAUCAAACAGCAAUUUGGAAAAGAAAUCACAAAUGAGCUCUUCGACUUGUAUGGCAAGAAACUCGAGGAAGAACUCUCCAUGUUUAAGCCAAGGAAGACAACUAGCUUUCUUGUCGUGCUUAAGCGCAAGGAAAAAUAAUUAAUUUGCACAUGCUGCUUCAAACAAGGAUUAUGAUCCUGUGACUCCAUCAAUAUCUUGAAAACCAAUGUAUCUGGUUUUACUUUUGAGA